AUGGUUAAGCUUCCUUUCAAGAGUUUGCUUUGUUUGAUGCAAAAACGUUUCCUCACAACAUCUCCAACCCUGUAUAUAUCUUCGUUGUCUUCUUCAUCUUCAAUAUUAUUAUCACCAUCGUAUACAGCCCAAUUUCUUGUGAAAUCUUGUGGGCUUCCCUUGGACUCUGCCAUUUCCAUCUCUCAGAAGCUCAACCUUGAUGAAAACAAACCGCAAAAACAUGAGUCUGUGCUCGAAUUACUCAAAUCUCUUGGAUUCUCCAAUACCCAUAUUGCAAAACUUGUGUCAAGGUAUCCCCUGAUCCUCCAAUCCCAAGUAGAUAAGCUCAAGCUUAAAAUAGAGUAUCUCCAUGACAAUGGCUUAGUGGGUCCGGUCCUUCAUGAGCUUAUUGUGUCUAAUCCAAAUAUUUUGAGGCGAAGCUUGGAUAAACAUAUAAAACCGUCACUCGAUUUUCUCAAGGAGUUCCUUGAAACCAAUGAGAAGAUUGUAACAGCUAUAAAGCGCGGAUCAUGGUUGUUAAGCUUCGAUCUGAAGGGAAUUUUGAAGCCAAACACUUUUCUUUUGAUAAAAGAAGGGGUCCCUCGUAAAAGAAUAUCGCAAUUGAUUACAUUACAACCGAGGGCUAUAAUGCAAAAUGUUGAUAGGAUGUUGUAUGCCACAGAAAGGGCCAGAAGCUUGGAUAUCAAACCAACCGAAUCUACAUACGUAACUGCUAUUCCAGUGAUUCUCUCGAUGACCGAAUCAACUUGGAAAAGGAAAGUGGAACUGUAUAAGAAGUUUGGUUUGACCGAAGUUGAGAUUUUCAAAGCUAUCAGGCGUCAACCAUAUUUUAUGGCUUGUUCAGAGGAGAAAAUCAAGAGUUUAAUGAAUUUUUAUACCUACACAAUGAAGUUGGAGCCAUCUGCAAUAGCUACUUAUCCUAGGCUUCUUUUGUAUUCAUUUGAUGCAAGGAUACAACCAAGGUUUAAUGUUUUGAACAUCUUGGCUUCAAAGAAGCUGCUUAAGACACACAAAAAGAUUGCAUGGUUGCUGACACAAAGCGAGGCUAAGUUCUUGACCAAUUAUGUGAACAAGUACUUGGACCAAGUUCCAGAUUUAAUGGAGCUAUAUCGUGGGGUCAAGACAAUUGAUCUCUGA